AACAAUCCCAAGACGAGAUGGCCGAGUGCACAUGGUGCAAGUGCGCCAAGUGGACGGUGGAGUGCGAUGCGUGUGCAAGGCCGUCUGGCGUGAAGGGAGCUGUGCGUCAUUGCCGGCCGUGCUCGGAUGCAUGGCAUGCAGUCGGGGCAUCACGACACCACGCCCGGCGCGAUACAACCGCUGACACAGCUAUCGCCUCUGUUGAGGAUGCAUUGGAGGCACAGAUCCAGGAGAAGAUGCUGCUGCUCCGGCAAGCCCUUGACGCUCCACAAGACGAUGCUGUAGAUUCGACGACUGUUCCCACCGCCGACCAACCUGCGGUGGACUCAAGCAAACCCAAGCCACUGGACACUGCCUUGUUCGAACAGCCCUUGUUCUCUGGGACCAACUCCAUGCAAUCAGGCACGAACGCUACAGCGUGCCCAACUAGCAGCAGCCAAAGCGACAAAAAAACAAUCCACGACUCAAGCAGUUCCUUGGACAGCAGUCCUACUGAACACGGCGGGCCAGAAAUCGUCUUUAUCGAUGAUGACAACGACAUGACAACAGAGGUCGUUGACGAAGCCGACGACGAACUCAAGCACCUAGAACCCCUCAACAUCAUGUUGAUCGAACAGCUUCGUGCAUAUUGCAUCAUCCACGAUGCAGUCAACUGUGUCCAUUUCACGCAGUGUCGCGACAACGCCUGUGUGUCUGCAAGUCGCCACCUGAAGCAUUGCGCGGCCGGCGUGUCCUGUCCCGAUCGGUCUGCGAUGUGUCGGGCAUUUGCGAACCUCACACAGCACUGCGAAACGUGCCCACAUGCCGCCACCUGCGCCUUGUGUGUCCAUGUAUUGCAACGGCGGCUGCAAUACACAUACGUUGCACUCAGCCAUGCGCUGUCCGUCGUGCCGCCACCGUCGGCGGAUGUGCCGGUCGCCGAAGCAAAGUUUCAAGCGCAUGAGAGGCAGUCCCUGAUGGUUCGCAAGCAAACGUGCGAGCUUGAACUCAAGGAAGCAUUUGACGUGGUCCGACGGCUACAGCUACCGACGACCAAGCUACCGCCAAUCCAAAACCACUUUUGCCACGUUGCGAUGCCGACAUGGAAGCGUCGGUGCGAUCCGAUCAGCGAGUACAUUUUUCAAGGCAAUGCCACAAACGUGGCAACGUGGCGGGAAUGGGUGCACGAUGGGCUGCAUAUCACCAACGCCACGAAUUGCAAGUACACCAGGUACUGCCAACGAGAGUGUGCGGCGUGGGCGCAGAGGACUCAAACGUACGACGAAACGCACAAAGUGGAUCCCACCAAAGUGCUGUCGACGCGAGAAGGCGCCGCGAUCGCACGACAUCGCGCCCAUUACCCGUGCAAGUUUCAACAGUGCAUGUAUUGCAACCUGAGUACGCAUUCGUCAUGGUCACCUCGAACGAUUUACAUGAGCACAAUCGUAGUGCGGCGGAAUGAAAACGAAGUCAAACAUGCCAUGGCGGCGUUGUGUGUGUCCAAGUUGGCCGGGUUGCUGUCCCGGGAGCGCAACCCUACAACUCUACGCCAACUUGAGGCCAAUUUUCGCCGAUUCGAGGCUUUCCAGGGGGAGAUCGAGAAAAAGCUCCGGUGGUAUGCACAGGUCUUGCCCCUAUGGAGUCGGCCCCACAUACCCAUCGUCGAAACUCCAGGCUACCAUUAUUCGUCGUAAGAGAUACCGUAUCUGCUCUCCCA